UGCUGGUGAUCGCUGUUGGAUUGAAGACUGAAGAGUGACAGGUUGUUGUGCUGUUCUCUACAUUCAUUCAUACCGGCACCAGCAUGAAGGAUCCACAGCUACCAGGUACCAAAACACUAAAUGUCUGGGCAAAGCGACAUGGAAAAAAAGGAAAGAAUGAACCGGCGGCCCAACCUGCCCAGAAAGAAGCAGAAACACGCAAGUUUCCGGCACUUACCCCUGAACAAAGAGCGAAGCAGACGGCCUUCGAGAGGGUCCUCUAUGACAUGUCCCACAAUGAGCAGGUCAUCAGUGACAUGAUGCUGGGCCGGAGGAUUGCUUUCUAUGAACUCAGAGGAGAAAUAGGGACUGGAAAUUUCUCUCAGGUCAAACUGGGUGUUCACGCUUUGACUAAAGAACGUGUCGCAGUAAAGAUUCUCAAUAAGGCACGUCUCGACAAGAAGUCACAGAAUCUGUUUGCCUCAGAGAUCAUCUGUAUGGAAAAUCUGUCCCAUCCGAACAUUGUGCGUCUGUAUGAGGUGCUCGAGACCAGUAAGCAUUUGUACCUCGCUAUGGAGUAUGGCAGCGGAGGAGACCUGUUCUCACGCAUCACCAGCAGGGGGCGCCUCUCAGACCUGGAAGGCAAGCUCAUCUUUGCCCAGAUCAUCUCAGCCAUCAAAUACAUGCAUGAAAACAACAUCAUCCAUCGUGACCUGAAAGCGGAAAAUAUUUUUUACACCACUUGCUACUGCAUCAAAGUGGGUGACUUCGGUUUCAGUGUUGUCAGUGAGCCGACCGAAACUCUGAACACGUUUUGUGGCUCCCCGCCGUAUGCAGCACCUGAGCUGUUCAGAGACAAAAGCUACGUGGGCCGUUAUGUGGACAUCUGGGCACUGGGUGUCCUACUCUACUUUAUGGUGACCGCCACCAUGCCUUUCUUCGGCGACAAGUUAGGCCGACUGAAACGCUGCAUCCUGCAGGGGGCGUACAGCAUCCCGCCCUACGUCCCUGAGUCCUGUCAACUGGCCAUCAAAGGCCUGCUGAGACCCGUACCUGUGGACCGGACCACUGUGUCACAGCUGAUGCUAUGCUCCUGGCUGAAGGGCAUCGAAUACCCCAAACCCUAUCCUGCUUUCAAUGCGACGCCCAGUUACCUUGCUGACCCUGUGAAGAGCCUGUGCGUGGAGGAACAGGAAGUGAAGUCAGCCCUGAGUGAGCUGGGCAUCAUUGGCACACAUCUGCAGAAUAACACCUGCACUGACUGCCGCAGCCCAAUAACAGGAACUUAUCGUAUCCUGCUGCACCGCAUCCAGAAGAGGAGAUCUGUGGAAGCAGUAGGAUAUUCCGCCCUGUACCCAGAGGAUUUUAGUACCAAGAAAUACUGGACCAACAAUGCAAUGGCUAAGCACAAUCCUUCGGCAGUGUGUAACGUCCUAUAAAGACAAGUGCUGAAUGAUUCAUGUGUUUGAUGCUAUGUCUCAGGAAGUAAUGAAUUUACAUGUAUGAAGUUGUGCUGUUUUUAUUUAUUUAUUUAUUUAUUUUCGUGUGAAACCCAGCAUCCCAGAAUCAAUCCCAAGAUGAGUAUUUUACGUUCUAUAAUAUUUUUUGAGAAUAUAUCAAGUUAGAAGGUUCCCUUAUUAGUGUUUUGGUGCUUAUCUGCUGCUAAAUCUGUGGUUAAAAAAGAAUAGCCAAAUUCCUAAAAACGAAUUCACUUUUACAAGCCAGUUUUUUUUUUAAUUAAUCAAAAAUGUAGAGAGCAACACGUGUAGUCUGAUUCCUGGAACUAAUGACUCUUUCGAGCUGCUUCUUUUCAGUGAAUCAAAAACAUACAGGGUGACCAGUGUGUAUUUCUGAAAUGAUCUUAUCAGCCGGUUCUUUUUAGCAAAUCGAAAGCAUAUAACACAAGAAUGAACAGGUUCCUUUUAGUGAAUCACGAACAUGCAGUGCAACAAGUGCAGCCCAAUUCCUGAAACGAAUUAUGAGCCGCAUCUUGUGAGUCAGUUGUGUUUAACGAAUCAAAAACCUACAGCGCAACAAGUGCAGCUUGAUUCCCCGAAACGAAUGAGCCGGUUCAUUUAAUGAAUAGCUCUAAAAAGGAAUUGAAUCAUUAUAACAGAAAUAGACUCAUAUUAAUCAGAAUGAAUCAGUUGUACCGCAUAGUUUUUGUGUUCUAUUUUACAAAAUCUCAGGUCUGAGACCACUUGUGCAAAUGCUUAAAUUUGUAAAAUUCUUGUUUAUUUUUAUGUCACUUUCUUUUUAUUUUUUUCAACAACAAUAAACCCUUCUCAUUGAGGGCUCAGACUUUUAGACCUCAGUGAGGUAUGAUACAGCUGCUUUCCUUUUAACAACCUAUAUGGACAUUUCAUAUAUUAGCAGCAGAAAUUGUGUGCACAUUUGGAUUUAUCAUACACGUGUAAUUCUAACUGAGGGUGUUUUUAUUUAGCAGUCAAUCCAUAAGUGAUCAUUUACUGUUGCCAAGUUGAAUAUGGAGAUGUGGCCAAUACUUAACCUUUAGGAAAACAUUUGAUACAUUUUUGUGUCACUGAAUAGUUUGAGAAUAUUGUUUUUUGAUAUUGUCUGAGCCAUAGCUUUGGGUUGAGUGUUAUAUGCAGUAAAUACUGUCUGUUCUGGCCUUAUGUAACAAGGUUCACAUGCAUUUUUAUAAAAGCCUGACAGAUUUGAUGUUUAAUAUGAUGGACUCGACAGCCAUCUGUUUCCAUUUAAAUAGCUGAAUUACUUUGCAAUCAUUUGCUGAUCUCAGACAGGGUUUACAUUGAACGUAUGACACAGAGCAUUAAACGCUAAUCAGCAGUUAAUUCUAAUUAGCGUGGUGCUUUAUAAAAAGCUUGUGGUAUCAGCGAUUAUUCCAUUCUAUAGAAGAAAUCAUCUUUAUUUCCCCUGAUAUCAGGAAUGGAGGAGAUCUGCCAAGAGGCUGUUUUUACAGGCAUAAUAGUGUUUUGUAGAUACACACACAUGCCUUUGUCCCUCCAAAUCAUAUUUAGAGAUACAUGUCAUGCUACUAAACCUUAUAUUACUCAAUAACAUGACAUAUAGAUCUGAAAUUGUUAUUGUACUCCACUGCAAUAAUUUUAAGCAUGAUGUUUGAUUAUCAAUUUACAGUCGAGCAUUGCACGUGAUUUAUUUUUACCUGAUUGCAUGUUAAUAUUAUCUUUUUGUUUGAGCUCAUAUACAUGACAAAUAUAUUGUACUUUGCUAAUAUGAUACGUAACAUUUUAUAUAACGUUGUCACACGAAUUACAGAUGCUACUUGGAAAUUACAUUGUACAGUAUUAUAUUUAUUAUUAUUAAUUAUUAAUUUAUUAUUUUCCUGACAGUAAGUUCACUUUCCUCUCAAAUUCUCAUUACUGUGACACAAUAAUAAAUAUAUAAAUACUGUUUGAAAAUGACAUAUUAGGAAGUAUUUAUGCAUCAGUGUUCUAAUAUAGAAAUAUAGGAAUUACAAUGAAAAAUAGCAGGGCAUCAGAAAAUAAAUAAAUGUCACAAUGCAUAUGGUAAUGAGAAUAUGAGAAAAUUUAGGUGGAAAAAAUGUCAUAACAUUAUAGACUAAUGCAAAGUCUAUAAUGCAAAAAAAAAAAAAAAUUAUUUUGGUGUGAACUGACAUGUAUUUUUGAAAUUCCUAAGCUUUAAUAAAAGAAUAUACAUUG